AUGGACGAUAAUUUGUACGACGAAUUUGGUAAUUACCUGGGAGAUGACCUCGAUUCUGAUGAGGACGAUGAGGAUCAAGAGAUGGUCCGCUCACAGCCAGCCCAGCCAGCCCACGCUCCUUUAGAAGGCUACGACGAUGACGAGGAUGACGACCCCGAAAUCGCCGCUCAAAACGAUCUUCGCAUCUCCACUGUAGCCCAAGUUGACGCCAACCCACAAAACCAAGUAGUCUUGCACGAAGACAAGCGCUAUUAUCCUUCUGCUGAGGAGACUUACGGGCCAGACGUUGAAACCCGCGUCGAAGAAGAAGACACUCAGCUCAUCUCGGAGCCAAUCGUCCAGCCAAUCAAAGAGAGAAAGUUCCAAAUCGUGGAGAAAGAUCUCCCUGAAACCCGUUUUGAUAGAAAUUUCAUGGUCGACUUAAUGUACUACCCAGAAAUGGUUAGAAACGUCGUCGUUAUCGGCCACCUCCACCACGGCAAGACAUCACUCUUAGAUCUCCUCACUUUCCAAACUCACAAACUCAUUUGGAAUGCAGAUGCCCCUGAAAGAUACACUGACCUUCAUAAACUUGAACGCGCAAGAGAAAUUUCAAUAAAAUCUACUCCAAUGUCCUUUGUCUUGGAAUCCACUAUCGGUAAAUCUAUCCUAGUAAAUGCAAUCGACACUCCAGGCCACACGAACUUCGUUGACGAGGUGGCAAAUGCUACUAGACUCGCUGAUGGUGCGAUCGUGGUGGUCGAUGUUGUAGAAGGAGUUAUGGCAGGCACUGAACUGUCCUUAAAACAUAUUCUACAGCAAGGACUCAAGCCUGUCUUAGUACUCAACAAGAUGGAACGCCUUUUCUUAGAACUCCGUUUGCCUCCCUCAGAAGCUUAUUUCAAGGUGAAACGCACGAUUGAGGAGGUAAACAGUGUUGUUUCAAGCGUCAUCCCCGACGAGAGCUCGCGUCUUUCUCCAGAACUCGGCAAUGUCGCUUUCGCUUCAACAGACAUGCACUGGUCUUUCACCCUCCAGUCCUUCUCACAGAUGUAUGCAGAUACCUUUGGUUCAUUCGAUGUAAACGCAUUCGCUGCUCGCCUCUGGGGCAAUAUCUUCUUCGAUGCUGAGAAGAGGAAAUUCGUCAAGAAAGCGCCACAAGGCUCGCCACGCUCAUUCGUACACUUUGUCUUGGAGCCUCUUUAUAAGCUUUAUACGCAGGUGAUUGGAGAAGAUGUCAGCGAUCUCGCCAACACUCUAGCCGGACUGGGUAUAACACUUAAGCCAUCUGCGUACAAAAUGGAUGCACGCCCAUUGCUCAAACUUUGUCUCGACCAAUUCUUCGGUCCAUCUACAGGCAUCGUCGAUAUGCUCCUCGAACACAUACCGUCAGCAGCGGAAGGGAACGCCACCAAAGUGUACAGACACUUCACAGGACCUCUCGACACUCCACUUGCGCAGGGCAUGCUCGCUUGCGACAGCAAAGCGCCAGCGGUGAUACACGUAACGAAGCUGUAUACGACUGUCGAUGCGCAAGGGUUCCACGCAUUCGGCCGUGUGAUGUCGGGACGCGCGCGCGUCGGCGAUAGCGUCAAAGUGCUCGGUGAGGGAUAUUCGGUCGAGGAUGAGGAGGAUAUGGCUACAGCGACGAUUGAGGAUGUGUGGGUGAGUGAGGCGCGCUACAAAGUUGCUGCACAGGAAAUCCCAGCAGGCUCUUGGGUGUUGUUAGGUGGAGUGGACGAUUCGAUCGUCAAGACUUCGACAGUGGUAUCGAAUGCCGUUGCAAGUCCAGACGAACUACACAUCUUUAGGCCGAUAGCGCAUAUUACGGAAUCUAUUCUUAAGGUCGCUGUCGAGCCGCUCAAUCCACCUGAGUUGCCAAGGUUACUCGACGGACUGCGCAGAGUCAACAAGAGCUAUCCGCUGCUGACUACUAAAGUGGAAGAAAGUGGUGAGCAUAUCAUUCUCGGGACGGGUGAGAUCUACCUCGAUUCAGUUCUUCAUGACCUCCGUACCCUCUUUGCAGAGAUCGAGAUUAAGGUGAGCGACCCUGUCGUGAAGUUCUGCGAAACUGUCGUCGAAACCUCGGCCAUAAAGUGCUAUGCCGAUACACCCAACAAGAAGAACAAAAUCACUAUCAUCGCUGAGCCUCUUGAAAAGGGCAUUGCGGAGGACAUUGAGAAGAGACGUGUGGGGAUGUGGAUGACCAACAAGGAAAGAGGUAAAUUCUUUCAAGAUAAGUAUGGUUGGGAUGCUCUCGCCAGCAGAAGUAUAUGGACAUUUGGUCCUGAAGAAGAUGGUCCGAAUGUGUUGAUCGACGAUACUCUGCCAUCGGAGGUCGACAAGGUGUUACUGGGGAAUGUGAAAGAAUCCAUCAAACAGGGAUUCCAAUGGGCAGCACGCGAGGGUCCAUUAGCAGAUGAGCCACUGCGUGGGGUCAAGUUCCGCAUAAUGGAUGCACAGGUAGCCGAAGAGCCCAUCUACCGUGGUGGAGGGCAAAUGAUACCUACAGCGCGUCGUGUCUGCUAUUCAAGUUUCCUGAUGGCGACACCGCGGCUGAUGGAGCCAGUGUACUAUGUCGAGAUGCUCACCACCGCCGAGAGUGUUCCACUCGUGUACCAGCUGCUAGCGAAACGUCGCGGACAUGUGACGAAAGAUGAACCUAAGGCCGGCUCUCCGCUGUAUGUUGUCAAAGCACUCAUACCGGUGAUGGAUGCGAACGGAUUCGAGACGGACCUCAGGACCCAGUCAGCUGGUACGGCAUUCGCGUUGGAAAUUUUCGAUCAUUGGGCUAUUGUUCCAGGCGAUCCUGUCGAUAGCGGCAUACAGCUCAGACUGCUCGAACCAGCUCCUGCUCAACAUCUUGCUCGCGACUUCAUGCUCAAAGUUAGACGUAGAAAGGGCCUCGGUGAUGGUCAGAACCUUAUGGCGAAAUACCUCGACGAUGACUUCGUUCUCAAUAUCGUGGCUGCUGGAAAAUCUGACCUGCUGUUUUAA